AUGCCCCCGGAAGCCUCCUCAUCGCGGCACACGCAGACCGCAGCGGCGCCAAACGGCGGGAGCUCCGGCCAUGGGCAACUUGGCCCAGAUGGCGCUGCCACAGACGCACCAGCCCCAGAGAAGAUCGACCUAGGAUCGGAGAACGGAGCAGAGAGGGGCGAUCAAGGGCAGAAGGAAGCAGCGGGGAAUGGGGGGCCUUCCGGAGUGCCCGCCCCGCCUGAUGAGGCGGGGAAGGACGAUUUGCUGAGGGAGUUUUUUAUGGAGAUGCGGGCGGUGGACAGGGACAACGAGGUGGACAGGAUUCUGGGGACGUUCAAGCUGAACCCGUUUGAGCAGCUGCUGCUGAGGUUCGACGCGGGACCGGAGGAGGUGCGGCGCCAGUACAGGAAGCUGUCGCUGAUGGUGCAUCCGGACAAAUGCUCGCAUCCGCGGGCGAGGGAGGCUUUUGAGGUGCUGGGCGAGGCGCACAAGCUGCUGCUGGAUGGGGAGAGGAGGGAGCAGCUGGACUUUGCGCUGGGCGUGGCGCGGGAGGAGAUAAGGAAGGAGAGGAGGAAGAGCACCAAGCACGACGCGGCGGUGCGGGUGGCGAUCGCGCUGCACGAGGAGGGGCGCGCGGGCGUGGAGGCGGUGUACGAAGCCACGGAUGAGUUUCAUGAGAAGUGGAAGGCCAAGGCGCGGGAUGUGUUGGCGAGGACAGAAUGGCGGAGGAGGAACUUGGCGAAGCGGAUAAAGGACGAGACGAACAGGAUAGAGGAGGAGGAAAAGACGACCAAGGCGCAGCUCAAGAGGGUGAGGGAGCACAAGGAAACGUGGGAGAAGACGCGGGACGAGCGGGUGGGGACCUGGAGGGACUACUUGAAGUCAGGGGGGAAGAAAAAGAAGAAAAAGGGGAUGACAGAGUUGCGGCCGCCCAAAAUAAAGACGAACGAUGAGGACAAAUUGUAUGUGCAGCGGCCGGUUGGGGAACAGUUCAGACCACCUCAAUCGAAAUGA